CCAAGUCAAGCCACUACUGGGACAUGCUAGUACAAUCCAGAGACUUGUUUCCAAAGAUCUUCUCUCUCUGUGAGGAGACGGAGCAGAGCCACACAGCACCAUGGCUCUGUCAGAGGACAGCGUGAGCACAUGGACCUGUAAGCAGGUAGCCCAGUGGCUACAGGAAGAAGGAUUUGGGGAGUAUGUGGAGUUAUUGUGCACCCAGCACCGCCUGGACGGCCUCACCCUGCUGGCUCUGACUGAGGCUGACCUGCGAGGACCCCCACUGGGCCUCACCGUGCUGGGAGACAUCAAGAGGCUGGCCAUCGCCCUCAACCGGCUGCAGAGACGGAACCAGAACCAGGUGGAGGAGCUGGGUCUGCGGCCUGCUGAUAGACAUUCUAGCGUGGACUCUGGAGGGCUCGAGUGGAGGUGCGAUCGCGCAGACAGGAGGUACAAUGGAGGAGAUCAGUCGUGUAACGGGACAGAGCUGAGAUUGAGGAACGGAGACAGAGCAGGGUACAGUUCAGGAGCUGCGCUUUGUCAAACGCACUCCAACGGACGCUGUCGGCAGCACCUGGCAGGUAGACUGGACCCAGAGGUGUGGAAAACAGUUAUGAGUGCCUUUUAUGUGUUUUUAGUGUUUGGUUUCACAUCUUUUGUCAUGGUCAUCGUACACGAGCGAGUCCCUGACAUGAGGACGUACCCGCCGCUGCCUGACAUAUUCCUAGACAGUGUUCCCAGAAUCCCCUGGGCAUUCGCCAUGGCUGAAGCCUGUGGGCUUAUCCUUUGUUACAUGCUCCUGCUGAUCCUCCUCCUCCACAAACACAGGUCGAUUCUCUUCAGGCGGUUGUGUUCUCUAAUGGGAACGGUGUUCCUGCUCCGUUGUUGCACUAUGUUUGUCACCUCACUCUCUGUGCCUGGACAGCAUCUCAAAUGUGCCAGCAAGACGUACGACGACACUCUGGGAAAGAUUCAGAGGGCGCUGGCGAUCUGGAGCGGGUUUGGGAUGACUCUGACCGGUGUCCAGACGUGUGGAGACUACAUGUUUAGUGGGCACACUGUCGUCAUCACAAUGCUCAACUUCUUUGUAACGGAAUACACUCCACGGUCCUGGAACAUGAUCCACACCAUCUCCUGGGUUUUAAACCUGUUUGGGAUUUUCUUCAUUCUGGCUGCUCAUGAGCACUAUUCCAUUGACGUGUUCAUCGCCUUCUACAUCACCACCCGCCUCUUCCUCUACUACCACACCUUAGCCAACACGCGGGCCUACCAGCACAGUCGCAGGGCUCGCAUUUGGUUCCCCAUGUUCUCCUUCUUUGAGUGCAAUGUAAAUGGACCGGUCCCCAACCAGUAUCACUGGCCCUUCAGCAAACCUGCCUUCAUGAAAACUCUCAUUGGAUAGAGAUGCUUCAAACUUCUGCAGCUGCUAUUUGAACUAUUAUGAUACGAAACGAUUCCUUUUUUACUUGAAAUGCUCCUUCCUACCUUUGGUUGGUUUUAUGUGGGAGUUUUUUGUAUAAACAGAUGAUCUUUACUUUAUCAAUUAAUAUAUUGAGAAGUGUUUGACAUUUUGGGAGACAUUUAAAAGUUACCAAAAAGGGUCGGGUUGGCUUAAUUUAUUUUAGAGUUAAAACUUGUUGGUAGGUGUGUCCAGGGUCAGAUGUAUUUCACAGCCAAUUAAUUUAAUUUAAAAUAAAAAAAUACAAAAUUUCAGAAACAAGCUGUUUCCCAGUUACUGUUUUAAAAUAGGAAACAAAAUGUGGAAAAACCUGUCCUUGACUCUUUCAGGCAGUUCAUAUUAAAUCAAAAAACAGAAAACAAAAAAUAAACUGUUUUUCUUUUCUUCUUAUGUUUUUGUUUUUCAAGAGAAAUGAAAGAUGUAAAAAAAAAAAAAAGUUUUAUCUUAUUGUUUUGUUUUGUUUUUUUUUUCUGAACAAAGGGGAAAGAUCAAAGAGUGAUGUAACAUUCUUCUUUUCCCUUUAUUUAUUUAUUUUUUUUUGAAAGAAAUGAUAUUACAUCAACCAGAGUUUCAUUCUUUGAUCUUCUUUUUUUUAUUAGAACAACAAAAUAGAAAAUAAGCCAUAACCAUUGUUCAGUUCUUUUUGGAAAAAAAGAGAAAUGCAAAACAAAAAACAGACCACAAAAAUCAGAACAAAAAACUGAAAACAAACCUUUUUUAUUUCUUUUGUGUGUGUGUGUGUG